GACCCGGAGCUGCACUACGAGGAGGAGGAGGAGGAGAGGGAGAAGUCAGAGCCCUCGGACACCAGCAGCAUCUGCUCCGAUGACUCCGUCUAUCCCUGCUAUGAGCUCCCACUGGAGGCCGGCGGUGCCAGGGGCCUCAGCCUCUACCAGUGCUGUGCCAGGAAUGAUGCCAGGCUGGUGCGGGAGAGGCUGGAGCAGGGGGUGACCCAGAGCGAGGCCACGGAGGUGGACAUCAACGGGAGGAACGGGCUGAUGCUCGCCUGCUACAAGGGCUUUGUGGACAUCGUGCCCUUGCUGCAGCAGUGCCCCUCCAUAGACGUCAACCAGCAGGACAAGGACGGGAACACGGCGCUCAUGAUGGCUGCGCAGGCAGGACACAUCACCAUCGUCAACUACCUCCUCAACUACUACCCCGGCCUUGAGGUGGACAAGAGGGACCCACGGGGCCUGACGGCGCUGAUGAAGGCAGCGGUGCAGGGGCGGCAGGACUGCGUGACCGCGCUGCUCCUGGCUGGAGCUGACCUGCAAGCCGUGGAUCCCGUCAAAGGGAAGACAGCCAGGGAAUGGGCAGCCUUCACCGGCCGCUUCGAGACCACCGUGCGCAUCCGGAGCCUCCUGCGGCGCCCGCGGGCAGAGCAGUUCAGCACCAUGUACCAGCCCGAGUGGCCGGCGCUGGCCGAGCUGGUGGCCAAGGCCCUGAGGCCCAAAUCCAGGAGCAAGCGGCUGUUUGAGAAGAUCAGAUCCAUGUUCUCCAUCAGCUUCCCACGCAACCCCGAGGAGGACGGUGUCCUGGACCACAUGGUGAGGAUGACGACCUCCCUGGCCAGCCCCUUCGUGACCACUGCUUGCCAAACCAUCUGCCCCAACAGCCCACCUGAGGUGGGCAAGAGCAGGUUGUCCGUGCCGGAAAUCCUUGGGAAGCACGUGCUGGAUGUGGAUACGGAGCCAGAACCCACCUCGGGCUGCAGCACGGAUGCAUCCUCCUGCAAUGGCCAAGCCCCACUGGAGCUCCCACUCUUCCCUCCCCGCCGCCCAGCCAGGACCCUCCUGAGCUUCCUGCCCCUGUGGCUGCGGCGUGGGAAUAGCAUCUUCCCAGGGGAGCCGAUCCCAAGGAUCCGAGUGAGCAAAGACCCCUGUCCCCCUGCCCGCACCAGGCAGCGGAGCCCCCGUGGCAGGGACAAGAACCUGCUGCAGCCUCCCAAGUGGAGGUACAAGGAGCUGAAGGAGGAGAGAAAAGCAGCUGAGGAGGCAAAGAAGAAGGAGGAGAAAGGGGGGAAGAGAUGCUAA